GGCCAAGACAAUCAAGAAUACAGCAUCAGUGAAUCUGGAAUUGACAGCAGAACAAUGGAAGAAGAAAUUUGAGAAGGAGAAGGAGAGGAACAAGACCCUCAAGGAGACAAUUGCCAAGUUGGAGGCUGAACUAGGACGUUGGCGUAAUGGUGAGAAUGUCCCAGAAACAGAGCAGUUGAGUGAUGAGGAGAAGGUGGUACCUGAUACUUGUGAUGAGACACCCAUUAAUGACAACAACUCCUCCAUCGUCAUCCGGAUCUCCGAUGAGGAGCGGCAUAAGUAUGAGGAGGAGAUCCGCAAACUCUACAAGCAGCUUGAUGACAAGGAUGAUGAAAUUAAUCAGCAGAGCCAAUUGAUGGAGAAACUAAAGGAGCAGAUGCUGGACCAGGAGGAGCUGCUAAUGUCCACUCGUGGGGACAAUGAAAAAGUGCAGCAGGAACUAAGCCAUCUGCAGUCUGAGAAUGAUUCUGCUAAGGAAGAGGUGAAGGAGGUACUACAAGCUCUGGAGGAACUGGCUGUCAACUAUGAUCAGAAAUCCCAGGAAGUAGAAGAUAAGAAUCAGCAGAAUCAGCUAUUGGUGGAUGAGUUGUCUCAGAAAGUGGCCACCAUGUUAUCUUUGGAAUCAGAGUUGCAACGCCUACAGGAAUUCAGCGCACACCAGCGCAAACGCAUUGCUGAAGUCCUCAAUGGCCUUAUGAAAGAUCUGAGUGAAUUCAGCGUCAUUGUGGGCAAUGGUGAGAUCAAACUGCCAGUAGAAAUUAGUGGUGCCAUUGAGGAGGAAUUUACUGUUGCCCGGCUCUACAUCAGCAAGAUCAAAUCAGAAGUGAAGUCAGUCGUGAAACGUUGCCGUCAGCUGGAAGGUCUUCAAGUUGAGUGCCACCGCAAGAUGGAGGUGACAGGACGGGAAUUAUCUUCUUGCCAGCUUCUCAUUUCUCAGCAUGAAGCCAAGAUCCGUUCACUUACUGAGUACAUGCAAAGUGUGGAGCUGAAGAAACGGAACCUGGAAGAAUCCUAUGAUGCUCUGAGUGAAGAUUUGGCUAAAUUGCAGGCCCAAGGUAAUAUGGAU